GAAAAUUUACUUUAAAAGUGGUCAUGUGACUAACUUCUGCAAGCCAAAUACGUUUGUUGUUAGCUAAUGCGUGAACUGUGAAAAUGGAGCCUUUUGGAAGGCUAGUAAACUAUUUAGUGUUCCUAUCUGCAGUAUGGGAUGUCGCUCAUCUUCAGGACCGUGGAAUGCUCUUCCCCCGAGAGUCGUCGUCGCGGGAGAUCAAGGAGCUGAAUGGGCUGUGGGACUUCAGAGCCGACGUCUCCCAUAACAGGAACUUGGGCUUUGAACAGGCUUGGUACAAAAGUCGCCUUGCAGAGACCGGUCCAGUGAUUGACAUGCCAGUGCCUGCCAGCUACAACGACAUCACCCAGGAUCCAGGGCUGAGGGAUUUCAUUGGCUGGGUGUGGUAUGAGAGAGAGGUGUUGGUACCCUCACGAUGGGUGUCUGAUGAGGGAACCAGAGUCGUGCUGAGGGUCGGGAGUGCACACUACUACUCAGUGGUCUGGGUGAAUGGAAUCAAAAUGACAGAGCACGAGGGCGGCCAUCUUCCCUUCGAGACUGAGCUGGGUGAUGUCCUCCGUAAGGCCCCAGGUGUGGCCUGUAGGAUCACCAUAGCUGUGAACAACACCCUGACACUCGAGACGUUGCCCCCGGGAACCAUUCAACAUAUUGACGACCCCACCAGGUAUCCUGCCAACUAUGUUGUACAAAACACAAACUUUGACUUCUUCAACUAUGCUGGUUUGCAUCGUCCUGUUCUACUGUAUACCACUCCUAAGGUGCAUGUUGAUGACAUCACAGUGCUGACCACCUUUGCUGACAACAUUGGGCUCAUCAGUUACCAGGUGUCRGUGCUGGGCAGUCCCAAUUCCACGCUGAAGGUGACCCUCUCGGACAAAGAUGGCCACUCUGUGGCCUCCUCCACUGGACCGUCUGGGGUCCUCAACGUGACGGACGUCAGCCUGUGGUGGCCGUAUCUAAUGCAUGAGAGCCCAGGUUAUCUGUAUUCUAUGGAGGUUCACAUGACGACAGCUAGCGAGGGUUGUGUCUGCGAGGAUGUUUAUGCUCUSCCUGUGGGAAUCCGCACUGUGCAGGUCACCAACACACAGUUCCUCAUCAACAACAAACCCUUCUAUUUCCACGGAGUCAACAAACAUGAGGAUGCUGAUAUCAGAGGGAAGGGCCUGGACUGGCCUCUGAUUGUGAAGGAUUUUAACCUGUUGAAGUGGCUAGGGGCCAACUCGUUCAGGACCAGUCACUACCCUUACGCUGAGGAGAUCCUGCAGAUGGCAGACCGCCAUGGCAUUGUGGUCAUUGACGAGUGUCCCGGGGUGGGCAUCAAAGACAUCCGUAGUUUUGGGAACGCCUCCCUGUCUCAUCACCUGGCGGUCAUGGACGAACUGGUGAGAAGGGACAAGAAUCACGCCUCCGUGGUCAUGUGGUCUGUAGCCAAUGAGCCGGCCGCUGAGAUGCCCCCUGCCGGAUUAUAUUUCAAGACACUGAUAGCUCAUACCAAAUCUCUGGAUGCCACUCGACCGGUCACGUUUAUCACCGCCAGUAACUUCGCCAGGGACAAGGGGGCUCCCUAUGUGGAUGUGAUCUGUGUGAACAGUUACUUCUCCUGGUACAGUGACCCGGGUCACCUGGAGGUCAUCCCCUUCCAGCUCAACACCCAGUUUGAGAACUGGUACGGGAAGUACCAGAAACCCAUCAUCCAGAGUGAAUACGGAGCCGAUGUGGUUCCGGGACUGCACACGGAUCCUCCCAUGAUGUUCACUGAGGAAUACCAGAAAAUAGUGUUAAAAAACUACCACGAUGUGUUUGACCAGAAGAGGAAGGAGUAUGUCAUUGGAGAYCUCAUCUGGAACUUUGCWGACUUCAUGACGGCACAAACGGUGUUCCGCGUGGUGGGCAACAGGAAGGGAAUCUUCAGCCGGCAGAGGCAGCCCAAAGCUGGGGCCUUCCUCCUGAGGGAGAGGUACUGGAGGCUGGCCAAUGAGACUGGCCUGCUGCCCACCUGGUCCAGGUACCCCUGCUACCUGGCUACAUACCCCUGACAAACCUGGGUCGUAUUCAUUAGCGCAGAACCCUGCACAUUAUAACACAUUUUCUAGACGAUUUGCAACCGAAAACAAGCAUGUCUUAUUUGACGAGUCCAGGUAGUCCUCUGUUUUGUUCCGUUUGGUGUCUAACACCAACCUGUAUGGAGCAGACUGCGUGACGACUAGAACGCUAUGAAGGCCACAGCACAUAAUUACCAGAACCAACUGGAUCAAUGGCUGCGUUUACACAAGCAGCUCAAUUCUGAUUUUUUUUUUUUUUUUCACUAAUUGGUCAAAUGACCAAUUAGAUCUGAUUUUAAGUGGAAGAAUGAUCAGAAUUGGUGUGCCUGUGUAAACGCAGCUAUUCCUGUGCGACCCUUUGCUCAGACGUAAGAUCUGCCAGGCGUCAGCAACAACGCCUGGGUAGGUAUUUUACCUGUCCGCUAACCACAUAUGUUAUAGCAAUCUGUCAGUCAAUGGGUGGAUUUGAUUAUGCUGAGCUGCAGGACAAGGGUCUAUGGCUCGUGACGUGAACGAUCAAAAGGAGUGUCCUUCUCAAAUCAAACAGUAAUCUGCGCUGUUCGGUUAUGUUCGUUUUCAUUCGGAAGGCGGAUAGUGUUUUUAUCAAAAGCAAUCACUUUUGCAUUGUGAAAACACAGAAUCCUACUCAUUACUCCCAUGUCCUUAACCGGUUCCAAAACCAAUGCAAUCAUCACCCGGUGCAAAACACGCCUACCCGGGCCAGAUUAAUCAAAUGCCCUCAUUUGAGACAGUCGAUGACUUGGCACACAACCGUUGGUUACAACGUCUGUCUUGCCUCUUUUUGUCAUUCAGGGAUCAACCAGUUAUAUACAUGAAUGUGAAUCAUGAUGCUGUUCAGUGUAAAUAAAUGGGAAUGUGAUGUAAGAAAAAAA